CUGAUCAACGACACAACGGUUGAAUACGAAGAUGCAGAGGAUCCGGAUGCCGUUACGUUACUGUCUAUUUUGCUUGUCGGUAUAUUCCUGUCCCUUCUGAUAUUCGUUAGUGCAGCCGGUAACAUACUGGUCUGCAUCGCGAUAUAUACAGAUAGGGGGUUGCGACGCAUUGGAAACCUUUUCCUAGCGUCGCUUGCAAUCGCUGACAUGCUGGUCGCAGCCGCUGUCAUGACAUUUGCAGGUGUCAACGAUUUAUUAGGGUAUUGGGUGUUCGGUGAGCAAUUCUGCGAUACAUGGGUAGCGUGUGACGUCAUGUGUUCCACCGCGUCAAUACUAAACCUCUGCGCGAUAUCCCUCGACCGUUACAUACAUAUAAAAGAUCCUUUAAGAUACGGUCGCUGGGUCACUCGUCGAGUCGCUAUCGUCACCAUCGCCCUGAUCUGGCUCCUGGCUGUCCUUGUUAGCUUCCUACCAAUAUCCUUGGGUCUACAUCGUCCUCCAGAUGAGGUCACGACCACUCAAAGACCACCAAGAUACCCAACAUGUGCAUUGGUACUCACACCAACAUAUGCUGUGGUAUCCAGUUGUAUAUCGUUCAUACUGCCCUGUAUCGUCAUGAUAAGCAUUUAUUGCAGGUUAUACUGCUAUGCACAGAAGCAUGUAAAAUCAAUCAAAGCUGUAACACGAACCGUACAACUCCCCGACAACCGCACAAAGUCUGUACGAACUAGAGUGCACACUCACGUGCACUCAUCACCCUACCAUGUGUCUGAUCACAAAGCCGCCAUCACUGUUGGCAUUAUAAUGGGGGUUUUUCUUCUGUGCUGGGUGCCAUUCUUCUGCGUGAACAUUGUUGCUGCGUUUUGCAAGACUUGCAUACCAGAUCUCGCUUUCAAAAUCCUCACAUGGCUCGGCUAUUCAAAUUCAGCGUUCAAUCCGAUCAUUUACUCCAUAUUCAACACCGAAUUUCGAGAGGCGUUUAAAAAAAUCCUAACAUCGAAAUAUCCACCAUGCUGCGGUUAUCAGACAGUGCAAGCGAACACACCGACGAGAAAUGAUAAUUUCGUCACCGAUUACGGUACGAAAACAUUAGUGGUACGGAGAAGUGGAUCUUUGGGUUUAUCUGCGGUAGACCCUACUCCCAGAUCCUCAGCUGAGUCAGUCAAGCCAUUACGUGAUUACCACAUCUGA